CACCCGUGGCUCUUCGUGUCCCCGCGACCUUUCCCUUUUGCGCCCCGCGGCAGUCCCCAGCGUCCGUCCCCAGGCAGCAUGGUGAGGUUGACUGUCGGGCCUUCGCCACCAUGUACGUGAGCUACCUCCUGGACAAGGACAUGAGCAUGUACCCCAGCUCCGUGCGCCACUCGGGCGGCCUCAACCUGGCCCCGCAGAACUUCGUCAGCCCCCCGCAGUACCCGGACUACGGCGGCUAUCAUGUGGCGGCCGCGGCCGCGGCAGCCGCGAACUUGGACAAUGCUCAGUCCCCGGGGCCGUCCUGGCCCGCAGCUUACGGCGCCCCACUCCGGGAGGACUGGAACGGUUACGCGCCGAGUGGCGCCGCAGUCUCCGCCAACGCCGUGGCGCACGGGCUCAACGGGGGCUCGCCGGCAGCCGCCAUGGGCUACAGCAGCCCCGCCGACUACCAUCCUCACCACCACCCGCACCAUCACCCGCACCACCCGCCCGCUGCACCUUCCUGCGCCUCAGGAUUGCUGCAGACUCUCAACCCCGGCCCUCCCGGGCCCGCCGCCACCGCUGCCGCGGAGCAGCUGUCCCCCGGCGGCCAGCGGCGGAACCUGUGCGAGUGGAUGCGGAAGCCGGCGCAGCAGUCCCUCGGAAGCCAAGUGAAAACCAGGACGAAAGACAAAUACCGGGUGGUGUACACCGACCACCAGCGGCUAGAGCUGGAGAAGGAGUUUCACUACAGUCGCUACAUCACCAUCCGGAGGAAAGCCGAGCUGGCCGCCACCCUGGGGCUUUCCGAGAGGCAGGUUAAAAUUUGGUUUCAAAACCGCAGAGCGAAGGAAAGGAAAAUCAACAAGAAGAAAUUGCAGCAGCAGCAGCAGCAGCCUCCACCGCCUGCAGCCCAGCCUCCCCAGCCACAGCCAGGUCCUCUGAGAAGUGUCCCAGAGCCCCUGAGUCCUGUGUCUACCCUGCAAGCUUCUGUGCCAGGCUCUGUCCCUGGGGUUCUGGGGCCAGCUGGAGGGGUGUUGAACUCUGCUGUCACCCAGUGACCUACAGUGGCCUGCAGCAGCAGAGCAAUUCCAGACUGAGUGGUGAGGAGCAUGGACUCUGCUUGAAUCCUCAGGCGAGAACCCUCUUCUCCUGCCUACAAAUGUACACAGUGCACCAAUUUAUCCAGCUCUCAGAGGAAAACUGAGAGCCAGGAGUAAAGACAAGUGGGGUUGGGGGCCUCAAUGAGGAAGACAUUGUCCCAGAUUUUGACUUUUUUUUUGGUCUGACUGCCAGGAAGGAGACAGGAAGUGACAACAACUGGGAUUCCAUGUAGUGCUGGCAGAAGCAGUGCUGGCUAAACAGACCAGGCUCUCAGCCCCCCUUCCCCAGCUCUGUACCUCCAAAAUCUUCAGGAUGCAUCUCUGGUUGGAGCUGAGGGGGGAGAGGAACUCAGGGGAACGCCAAUGCUUAGAGUCAAGUUGGCUACUGCCUACUUACUGCCAUCUGAUGACCAGCUGGCCUCUCUGGCCUCAAGGGCAGGCAAGAUUUAAACUGUGGAAGCUAGAGACAGCUAAGAUAGAAACCUGGACAGGCCGAAGACUGCAGAAUCCCCAGGUCUUUGUCUUUCUUCUCUUCACUCCCCAGACCAGAAAAGGCUUGGCUGGCGUAUGUGUGGUGGAUGGUGUGAGGGGGUGGUUUUGGACUCUAGGCCUGGCAAGAGGGCCCAGGACUGGACCUUGUUUAGCAAACCUGUCACCAGAGCUUCUCUGAGCUGAAUGUAUGUCAGUGCUAUAAAUGCCAGAGCCGACCUGGACUUCCUGUCAUUUUCACAACCUUGGGGCUGAUGAAGAAGGAGAGUUGUUGUUGCUGCUGUUUGAGUUGUUGGUCUGUGUAGCAUCCAAGCCAGUCUUUAAAAAGCCUUCUGGAUCCAUGGGGAGAGAAGUGAUAUGGUGAAGGGAAGUG